GUUUGCGCAAACUGCGAUCGAAAGUUUUACAAGAGUUUAAGUGGUUCGUUGUUCUUGUGAAAAGUGAAAAAUAUAUCGAAAAAAUGUGGAAAAUGGUUUUCGGUAAUGGUUUCGGAGAUGAAAUUUACGAUUCGCUAACAGAACAACUGGCUUCCUCUUUCACUAAAUGAAAUGGGCAGAUCCGAUCCCGGACCGCAAAAAUACAAAGAGUCCAACAAAAUUGACUGUAAAUACCACCAAAGGGUGCAUUCCCAUCAUAACCAAUAUUGGACAGAAAUAGCGUUUAGGAAUAAAAACGAUAUUGUUACACGAUUUAGUACAACUCCUAGUGAUAGAUUCGUAUCUAGAUAUAGACAAGAUAAUUGUCACAAAUUUACUAGAAGCAAAAGUGAGCACGAUUGCUCCAUCGCUCAUAAUGAAUAUCUUAGGCACAAUUUGUAUAUUAAAAGUGCGGUAGAGAAACAAAACGCUUUAAGUUUUCAACUAAAAAAGGUGUCGUUUAGGAAUUAUACUCCAAAAAUAUUAAGUCAGGAAGUUAAUAUGGGUAUGUGGAUUUGAUAACUCUAUUCACCGAGCUAUUGACUCAAUAAAUAUGAGAUAAUUUGAUACCUGUUCAGUGCCAAUACAAGAAAUAGUGUGUAGAGAAUAACUUUAUAGUGCCAGAAAACAUAGUCAAAAUUAAAGUGACAAGAAUAUAAUAGUAUAUAAGUGUGAAGAGACAAUAAAAUAAUAUAUAAUGUGGACAAGUUUUUAAAGUAAAUAUAUAGGUGAUAAUCUAGUCAUGUCAUUAUUAGCUGUCGUUGGCCAAGUCGCCCAUUUUGCAGUGGGCCUAACGGUGAAUCCCCUAACCAUUUUGGGCCUGGUUCCUGUGUUCGCAGCCGGAUUACUAUUUAUGAAAUAUUUAGAAGUUGACCCAGAAUCCCAUCCUAUCAAUAUUAAUAAGAUCAGACCUGAAUACGACUUCAUUGUGGUGGGAGCUGGAUCAGCAGGAGCUGUAGUAGCUGCCAGGCUUUCCGAAAUAGAAAACUGGAAUGUCCUACUCUUAGAAGCUGGUGGGAACGAAAAUGAAGUAUCGGAUAUUCCUUCAUUGAGCGGAUAUAUGCAAAUGUCACAGUUCGAUUGGAUGUACCAAACCACACCGCCAUCGGAUUCAGGUUAUUGCUUGGCGAUGAUCGGUGACAGAUGUAACUGGCCAAGAGGAAAGGUAAUGGGCGGAUCAAGUGUCCUUAACGCUAUGAUAUACGUCAGAGGCAACCGGCACGAUUACGAUCAAUGGGCUGCCCAAGGUAAUACGGGUUGGUCGUACGACGAUGUCCUGCCCUACUUCAUGAAAUCGGAAGACAACAGAAACCCGUACCUAGCUCGUACCCCGUACCAUUCAACAGGAGGAUAUCUCACAGUGCAGGAGUCUCCUUGGCGCACACCACUCAGUAUUGCCUUUCUGCAAGCAGGGAGAGAACUGGGUUAUCAAGUUAGAGAUUGUAAUGGUGCUCAACAAACUGGAUUCAUGUUGUCGCAAGGUACCAUUCGACGUGGUUCACGAUGUUCCACCUCAAAGGCGUUCCUGCGACCAAUAAGAAAUCGCAAGAAUCUACACAUAGCCAUGUUCUCCCAGGUUACCAAAAUUAUGAUCGACCCCAAGACCAAGAUGGCGUAUGGUGUCAAGUUGAUCAGGAAUAAUCGUCCGCAAUUCGUCAGAGCUAAAAAGGAAGUUAUAUUGAGCGCCGGUGCUAUUGGAAGCCCUCAAAUUCUCAUGCUGAGCGGAGUAGGCCCCAGAGACCAUUUAGAGGAGUUUAAUAUUCCUGUAAUAAGUGAUUUGAAAGUUGGCCACAAUCUACAGGAUCAUAUAGGACUGGGAGGUAUGACAUUCAUAGUGGAUGAACCAGUAACAUUUACUAGGGACAGAUUUCAGACGCCCCAAGUAGCUUUGGAAUACAUUCUAAAAGAACGAGGUCCGAUGACAUCACUGGGUGGUGUAGAAGGUUUGGCUUUUGUUAACACCAAAUACGCUCCAAGUUCCGGUAGUUGGCCGGAUAUUCAAUUCCACUUUGCACCUAGCAGCAUUAAUUCUGAUCCUGAUCAGGUUCGAAAAAUAACUGGAUUAAGAGACAGCAUCUACAACACCGUAUACAAACCAUUAAAAAACGCCGAAACCUGGACCAUCCUACCUUUACUCUUACGACCAAAAAGUAACGGUUGGAUACGACUAAGAUCGAAAGAUCCUAAAGUCUAUCCAGACAUUAUACCAAACUAUUUCACUCACAAAGAAGACGUUCAAGUCCUCACCGAAGGCAUCAGAAUCGCUUUAAACGUUUCAGCUACAAAAGCGUUUCAACGAUUCGGAUCGAGGCCCCAUAAAGUACCGUUUCCCGGUUGUAGACAGUACGACUUUGAUUCCGACGAGUACUGGGAGUGUAGUAUAAGACAUUUUACUUUCACUAUCUAUCAUCCGACGUCCACGUGUAAGAUGGGACCGGAUACGGAUCCGGAUUCAGUUGUUGAUCCGAGAUUAAGGGUUUACGGUGUGGGGAAAUUAAGGGUGGUCGAUGCAUCAAUAAUGCCCAAUAUUGUGAGUGGAAAUACUAAUGCCCCGACGAUUAUGAUUGGGGAAAAAGCGAGCGAUAUGAUCAAGGAGGAUUGGGGUAUAAGAGUAAUGCAUUAAAAUGUUAAUCUAAAUUCCAUUAUUACUGUUUUUACUGUAAUAUUUAUUAUAAAGUUUACACAAACCUAUAAAGGUGCGUCCAGACCUGACGAGACGAGAGCGAGACGAGCGCGAGACAUUCCAAAUUCGCCAAGUGUGGACGGGUACUUACUACAACCCACAGAGCCUCGAUGCUAUCCGUCCUCUGUCGGUUUUUCGACGGCCGAUCAAAGAAAGCUGGGCUGGAACUCUGUAACUAAGCAAGCGACUAACUCUGGCAAGCGACAGUAUUCUUCAUCGCUACCGAUCGCUAUUUCGUUACAGAGUGCCACCCCUCGCGGCUCAGUCUGGACGUGUUUUUGGUAGGCUAGCUCGACUGCGAAAUAUUAGCUCUAAUUUAUGAAUUUCGACUAUUUAAAACAAAAUAAUAUCAAUUUUUUAAAUGGUACACCGACACCGUAUGUAUUAUAAUUUUUUCUGAUAGAAUUUACAGAUUUUGCGUCAUUGAUAAUUUUUACCGUACCAAAAUCUAAUCUUUCUUUAAACAAUUUGAAUUAUUACAAAAUAUAUUAAUUUUAGAUAAAAAAAAUUACCGAAUUGUACGUAGUACGUAGAAGCUAAUAAUAAAAUAAAAAAUUGGGUAUUCUUAUUAAAAUAUAAUAUGUUAUAUCCGCAACACUUUUUUGAAGAACCCUGUAUACCUUUACAGUACCUAAUUUUAAAAUGUGCUUCUUAACCUUUUCUACAACUUUUCUAUUUAACAUUUUGUUCUGAAAAACAUUAAAAAACGUACUUUGUAAAGGACGUCGUGUUUCGAAACGAAUGGUUAAAGACAGGGGCGGAUACAGGAAUUUAUUUUAGGGGGGGGGCCCAAAAUAAAAAGUAAUGUAGAAUGUGCUUUUUAGGGCGCCAUUUUUAACCCAAAAACCUAAGAUUUAACCCAAUUUACAGAUCUUAGGCGCAGCCCGGGCGCCAUGGCCCCCCCCCUCUGUAGCCUCCACUGGUUAAAGGGGAAAAAAACCGACGAUGUAUAAAAUAUGACGAACCAAGUAUUAUGUUAAUAUAAAAAAAUGCAUUAGUGUAUGCGUAAUUAUUUGGCCAUCGUUUGUUAUAUUCAAUUGCAAUUUAAUAUGUGUUUGGAUUCCUUUCACUAUGAUCCAACUCGGCUUAUGUCGUGGCAAGCUUGCCUCAAAAAAUGGAUAGAAGAUGUCUCGCUCUUGUCUCGCUCUCGUCUCGCUCUCGCCUCAGGUCUGGAAGCACCUUAACUUAGAUAAACGAAGUCAUGACGCUGUAAUAUAAGUGUACGUCCAUAGUGCACCGGCUUUCCGCUUCCCGGUGGCGGGCUUAUAUCGCGGCAGGACUUAUUACUUUGUGAACCUGCGCUAUUGAAAUAGGUAGUGGUCAUUAACAACCUCUUACAGGAAUGUCAUGCGACUCAUGCGGCAUCAUGGAGUUCUUCCUGGGAUCGGGAUCUAUUAUGUCUUUUUAUUAGCUAGUGCUCAUGUUCAUAUUAAACUGAUACAAAAAAGCAGCACUCGCAUUCAUGAAGUUAAUCGGUCUAGUUUUGAAUUUGGUAAAUAUAAUGUGUUAUAUCCACAACUCACAGCUCACCUUCAAACAUUUUACGAAUAUUUCUGCAUGGAGAAAGAAACGUUGAAUUAUAUUUUCAACAAAAUUUAAAACCGUUGAAAAAAAUGCUACAAUUUUUAUUUCGAUUAAAAUCGAUUAAUUUUUAAUAAUUUUGUAAGUAAAUAGCUUGAAUUGUGCAUAACCUUUUAACACAACCUAACCUGACCGCGAUACAGUAUGAAGGGGGAAGCUGGUGCACUAUGGACGUCCACUAACACUUGUUCGCUGAUCGCGACGAGAUGAUAUUUUGGCAGUGCAUGUACCUUUUUUAACCAAGUGAGACACCCCUAAGGUUUCCUGAUCAAUUUGGUCUUUCUAGUCGAUUAUCAAGGACUAUUCUGGUUUGAAAUCGAAAUCAAAAAAUAUAUAUCCCAAAAUCCCAAACGAAUAAAAUAUAAAAAUCUUUUAUAAAUUGAAUAAAACAUUUAAAUAAAAAACAAAAAUACAUAGACAUUAUACAUAUAGUAAAAUUUUUAAAUAUUUAUAAGUGUAUUGGAUAUUUCUAGUUAUUUGUAUGAUCAUUGUGAUCUUUCAUAUCAAUAUAUUAACCUACUAGUCAUUUAGGAAUAAAUAUUAAAGUAUAAGAAUAAUAAACAAUUAAUUAUACAAAAGAAAUCAACAAGUUAAAAAAUAUAGAGGGUGCCCCAGAAAUAAGUGCA